AUGUCGACAGAGGAGGUGACCUACGCUGAUGUCACCAUCAUCAAAAAAGGAACUGAGAAGCAGAAGCACAAAGGCACUGCCAAAACGAACCCUGAUGACUCCUCAUCAUAUCCAUAUCCAGAUAAGGAGAGCAGCACCUCCUCCGAGAUUAAUUGUCCACAAAAAUCCAAACCUGACCCUGAUGAAUCUUUGCUCACCUCACACCCAUGUCAGGACAGCCCCACCACUUUGUCUCUGAGAUGCACAGUUCUCCUACUCUGCCUGUGUCUUCUCCUGCUGGCCACUACUGUUACUAUGGCAGUGCUGUAUGUGUUGAAGGAGGUGACAAACUCAGACAUUACACAGAGGCUGGAUAAUGCUACUGCUGUAACAAGGAUUUUGGAGGCCAACAUUACAGACCUGACACAGAGGCUGGAAUCUCUACAAGUGUCAUAUGACAACGCCACUGUUGUCAUUAGGACGUUGGAGGCCAACCUUACAGAUGUACAGGAAGAAGCUUGGGAGAAGUUUUCAGCUGGUUGGAAGUAUUUCAAAGGGAGCUACUACUACUUCUCCACUGAUAAGAAGAACUGGGCUGAUAGCAGAGAUGCCUGUGUGACUAUGGGAGGACACCUGGUCAUCAUAGAGACUCCAGAGGAACAGGUUUGAUGGAGUAACUUGUAUUUUUCUCAUGCUGCUCAAAAUUAUAGGUUGUUUUUUGGGUAGACUAAAAAUAGGCAUUUAUCAACUAAUUGAGGUUUUCCUUGACUCAGUAUUUUCUACAGAAACAGAAACCGAACAAUUACUGCUGGAUUGGCCUGACUGAUUCAGCUAAAG